AUGGAGGGCGCCGAGGCGGCCGCCCGCGGCAGCAGCAGCCCCAGCCCCGCGCAGCCCCGCUGCUCCUCCUGCGGCCCCGGCCCGCCCGGCGGCGGCGGCGAGGCGGCAGCGGCGGCCAUGGAGGAGCCAGUCGGGGCGGCUCCGUCCCCGGAGGUAACGACGGCGAGGAAGCAGCAGGGGGUGAAACGGCAUCACCACAAGCACAACCUGAAGCAUCGCUAUGAGCUGCAGGAGACCUUGGGCAAAGGCACCUAUGGCAAAGUCAAGCGGGCCAUCGAGAGGUUCUCUGGCAGAGUGGUUGCAAUAAAGUCCAUUCGUAAGGACAAAAUUAAGGAUGAACAAGAUAUGGUUCACAUCAGACGGGAGAUUGAGAUCAUGUCAUCCCUCAGCCACCCUCAUAUCAUCACCAUAUAUGAAGUGUUUGAAAAUAAAGAUAAGAUUGUGAUCAUCAUGGAGUAUGCAAGUAAAGGAGAGUUGUAUGAUUACAUCAGUGAGAGGCGGCGAUUAAGCGAAAGAGAGACAAGACACUUCUUCCGACAAAUCGUCUCUGCUGUGCAUUACUGCCACAAGAACGGUGUUGUCCACAGGGACCUAAAAUUGGAAAACAUUCUUCUUGAUGACAAUUUUAAUAUUAAGAUUGCUGAUUUUGGACUCUCCAACCUUUAUCAUAAAGACAAGUUUCUGCAGACCUUUUGUGGAAGCCCACUGUAUGCUUCCCCUGAAAUAGUUAAUGGACGGCCUUACAGAGGCCCAGAGGUUGACAGCUGGGCCCUUGGUGUAUUGCUUUACACUCUGGUUUAUGGAACAAUGCCCUUUGAUGGCUUCGAUCACAAAAAUCUCAUCAGGCAGAUCAGCAGUGGAGAAUAUCGUGAGCCAACGCAGACCUCAGAUGCUCGUGGUCUUAUUAGGUGGAUGCUGAUGGUGAACCCUGAACGCCGAGCAACCAUUGAAGACAUUGCCAACCACUGGUGGGUUAACUGGGGCUACAAGAGCAGUGUCUGUGACUGUGAUGCCAUGAGGGACUCCGAGUCCCCACUGCUGGCAAGGUUCAUUGAUUGGCAUCACCGUUCUACUGGCCUCCAACCAGAGACUGAUACCAAAAUCAAGUGCCUUUCUAAGCCCAAAGGUCCUGAAGUCACGCUAGAGAGACAACGGUCUCUGAAAAAAUCAAAAAAGGAAAAUGACAUUGCACAGUCCAUCCAGGAAGGAGGAGCUGAAAAUGCAACCAAACCGACCUCCAAGAGACCCAAAGGCAUCCUGAAGAAAAGGAGCAACAGUGAACAUCGCUCUCACAGUGCAGGUUUCAUUGAAGGAGUUGUCAGCCCAGUGUUACCCUCUGCUUUUAAGCUGGAGCAAGAGUUGUGUAGGACUGGCAUGGCCAUUAAGAGUGUUGUAGAGGGAGAGGUAGCUGGCAAAUAUGGCACUAAGCAGUCUUCACUAAUGCCAAAAAAAGGAAUCUUAAAGAAGACUCAGCAGAGGGAGUCUGGCUAUUACUCCUCUCCAGAAAGAAGCGAAUCUUCUGAACUCUUGGACAACAAUGAUGAGACAGUAAACAGUGACACUUCUCCAGGGGUCACAGAGCCAUCCAGAAAUGGGUCUUACAUCCAUUCCUGCAGGCGUAAGGGCAUCUUGAAACAUAACAGCAAGUAUUCUACCAACAGCACUGAACCUGCUUUGAUUAGCCCUGACACACCAACGCUGGAGGCCAUGGAACAAAUGGUCUUGCCUGGGGACGCGUUACCUCGAAGUUACAGUCGCCCUUCCAGCGUAAUUAGUGAUGACAGUAUUUUGUCCAGUGACUCAUUUGAUUUGCUGGAUUUGCAAGAGAACAGGCCAAACAGGCAGAGAAUUCGGAGCUGUGUCUCUGCUGAAAAUUUCCUCCAGAUCCAAGACUUCGAAGGACUUCAGAACCGCCCAAGGCCACAGUAUCUAAAGCGUUACCGCAACCGUCUGGGGGACAGCAGUUUUUCUCUUCUCACAGACAUGGAUGAUGUGACUCAGGUCUACAAGAAAGCCCUAGAGAUCUGCAACAAGCUCAACUAGCAGAGGGAAGAUGGAAAAGGGAGGGAAGGGAGUUAUUCUGUGUACCUUUAUGAUGGAGUAAGCCAGGUCACUGAUUUGGUGACAAUGGUAGGUUUUGAUUCAGAGUAGCUGACUGCACCUACUUAGCUGAACUCCGAGUAAAGUUGCCCUAAAGCCAUCUCACACUUCUCUAAUUUUGUGUUCUCAAAAUAUUACCUACGUGACCAGAGAAAAACCUUUGGUCUUUGUAUCUGUGAUGAAAGCACAUCAGGAGCUAGCAGACAAAAGCAUCAAGAUUUGAUGGCUCAAAGUCAGAGCUAGACAGAAUUAAAACUGGAAGUGAGGGAUACGUUUUGAGAGGUUUGUAAUUAAUAUUAGGUAGGCUUUAUUAAGAGAAGAGCUGAAUUCUUCAAGUCAGAUUUGGAUGCCUUUUAGAACAAGAGGCUUUAUCUCCCUCUGAAGUUAUUUGUCUGAGUACAGUGAUUGCACAGUGGGAAUCUUUGGCUUGUGUUAUGCAGGACACCAGGCUAGGUGGUCAGUAUGGUCCCUUCCACCAGAAUGACCUGAGAGGUUCUGAACAUAUUCUAAGAUAAUUUGAGAGACUUGCCCCAGAAAAACCUCAUGAGGUGUUUGUGGACAAGCAGUGGAGCAGACAUUCAUAUCUGGACCUCCCACAGUGUCCAGAGCCAUUGCUCUUCAGUGAGUAGAAAGUUCUAAAAUUGUUUCCAACUACCAGCAAAAAUAGAGCCACAGAAUUUAUAAUGGCAACUGGAAGGAAUGGAUGUUAUCAGCAGCUAAAUUACAUUUUAAGGCAUUUCAACCCAUAUGUUCAAUCUGUUAUUCUUUCAAAAUGGCCAGCCAGAUGAAUGCCCAAAGAUGGAUCUGACAAAGGGUCUCAAGGGUUAACUGACCCUCCAAUCUAGAGUUCAGUCACUGUCAGCAAAUGGUGCCACCUUGCUGCUAGCUUGUAGUAUUUGGGGGUGACAGUAGUUUGCAAUCAGAAUGUUAGGUAAGGAAAAGGUUGUAGAAUGUAGGAAAUGGAUAGAGGUCAGAAAGUUAGUGGAAAGAUGCCUUUCUGCAGAUGAAAAUGUUUCUAGUUUGGUGGUAAUGGAGCAGAAAGAAUUGAGUGAUGAAAUUAUAACGGUAGAUUUAAUAAGUUAGCAUAAAGUUGUGGGCCUG